AUGAUUGAAGUGAAGCUAGAUGUGAUAGUGGAGGUUCCGAACUGUGAUCCUAAAGUAUUAAAGCAAUUUACUGAUGUGAUGCCUCCUGAAUUACCUAAAGAGUUUUCGCUAAAAAGGGACAUUGAUCAUAAGAUAGAGUUGAUUCCAGGUUCUAUUUCCCCUGCACAAGCUCCUUAUAUAAUGGCUUCCGAAGAGUUGAAGAUGCAAACAAAUGUUGAAUGGAAGGCGCCCAGUGGGAUCAAGGAAUUGAGAUCAUUCUUGGGGAUGGCUAACUAUUAUAACAAGUUCAUUGUAGGUUACACUAAGAAAGAUAUGGCCUUGACAGAUUUGCUUAAGAAAGAUGUCAAGUGGGUGUGGUCUGAUAAGGGCGAUGCAGCAUUUCAGAUGUUGAAGAAAGAUAUCGCUUCAAAGCCCAUUUUAAAGCUUCUAGACUUUGAGUUACCUUUUGAACUACAAACUGAUGCAUCAGAUAAGGCUGUUGGAGGCGUUUUGGUGUAA